GGGCGGUUGCCGCGGCGGUGGCCCUCGCAGUUGGGGCUGGAGAGAGGGCGAAGGGCUCGCCUGUUCGUGGGAGCCCAGCCGAGGACUCAGGGCCGGGGCGUUGAUGAAAAUCGCCCCGACUCUGGCCUGAGGGAGGGCGACUUUUGAGAGCCCGCGUUCCGCCCCGGGCGGCCUCCUCCCCCGACCGUCCUGCCGGGCUGCACGCGGGCGGCCCCGAUCUGUGUCGCGGGCUGCCGCGGGAACGGUCGAGCGGGCUGGACAGGACCAUCCCCUUGAGGGACCCGCAAGAGGAAAGGAAGACAGAGCGCGGCGGGCCAGUCGCUCAGCCCGGAGGUCAGGUCGGGGGCCCCGGUCCGCGGUCCUCCGUCCUUCGCGCAGUCCUAGAGCCCGCGACCUCCCCACGCUGCUUCUCCUUUGAGGAUGUCACCGAGCCCCCUAGCAGGGUGAUUUUUCCUCCUUGCUUGUGCCGGGAGGGAGAUAGAUAUUUAAAGGACAUCUGUCCUCAUCUCUAUCUCUGCCUUCUUUGAAGUUUUUCUUCUCUGAGAAUGUGUGUCUCCUUCCGUAGACCAUUUGAUGGUCCCCACUCCAGCCACCCUCUGCUUUAGCAAGUGGAAUCACAUUUUGGGGGGGGGGACCUAUAAAAGUACCCUACAGAAUUGAUCUCUCCCGCCCAAGAAGGGCCAGAGGCCUUUGGAGUUAAGAUGCAGGCGGGAGAACCAGUGUCAACCAUGAAAGUCUCGGAGAGCGAAGGAAAGCUGGAGGCGCUGGCCACAGCUGUGACCCCGAACAAGAACAGCAGCAACAGCAGCUGUGGUGGUGGAAUCAGCAGCAGCAGCAGCAGCAGCAGCAGUAGCCGCGGCGGCAGUGCAAAAGGCUGGCAGUACAGUGAUCACAUGGAAAAUGUGUAUGGCUAUUUAAUGAAGUACACCAACCUUGUCACUGGGUGGCAGUACAGGUUUUUUGUUUUAAACAAUGAAGCUGGACUAUUGGAGUACUUUGUGAAUGAACAGUCUAGAAAUCAAAAACCCAGAGGUACUUUGCAGCUGGCAGGAGCCGUGAUAUCACCCAGUGACGAGGACUCCCACACCUUCACCGUGAAUGCUGCCAGUGGGGAACAGUAUAAACUCAGAGCCACAGAUGCUAAAGAGCGACAGCACUGGGUUAGCAGACUUCAGAUAUGUACACAACAUCACACUGAAGCUAUUGGAAAGAAUAACCCUCCUCUGAAGUCACGGAGCUUCUCACUUGCAUCUAGUGGCAAUUCUCCCAUAUCCCAGAGGAGACCAAGUCAGCAUGCCAUUUCUUUUUUUAAUGUUGGACAUUCCAAACUGCAGUCAGUGAGCAAAAGAGCCCACUUACCUCCAGACCAUCUUGUGGAAGUCAGAGAAAUGAUGUCUCAUGCCGAAGGACAACAGAGAGACUUAAUUAGAAGAAUUGAAUGCCUUCCUGCUUCUGGCCAUCUUAGUUCCUUGGACCAGGAUCUCUUGAUGCUGAAAGCAACGUCUAUGGCAACUAUGAACUGCCUAAAUGACUGCUUUCAUAUUCUGCAGUUGCAGCAUGCGUCACAUCAGAAGGGCUCACUGCCUCCAGGAACGACAAUCGAGUGGUUAGAACCAAAGAUACCUUUAUCAAACCACUAUAAAAAUGGAGCUGACCAGCCCUUUGCAGCUGAGCAGAGUAAGCCGUUGGCAGCCCCAGAGCAGCAGUCUGUUGCGGAAUCUGGACUAUUGGCAAGGGAACCUGAAGAAAUAAAUGCAGAUGAGGAGGUGGAGGAUACCUGUGAUAACAAGGAGGAUGACCUGGGAGCUGUGGAAGAGCAGCGCAGUGUUAUCCUGCAUCUCCUGUCACAGCUCAAGCUGGGCAUGGAUUUAACAAGAGUGGUGCUUCCUACAUUUAUCCUAGAGAAGCGUUCCUUGCUGGAAAUGUACGCGGACUUUAUGUCUCAUCCAGACCUAUUUAUUGCCAUCACUAAUGGAGCCACAGCUGAGGACAGAAUGAUUCGCUUUGUGGAGUACUACCUUACCUCAUUUCAUGAAGGCCGUAAGGGAGCCAUCGCUAAGAAACCGUACAAUCCAAUCAUUGGAGAAACAUUUCACUGUUCCUGGAGGAUGCCGAAAAGCGAGGUCACAUCUAAUGUCAUUAGCAGCUCUUCCACCCAGGCAAUCACAAAUCAGCCUCCUCUGUCGGAGGAGCCUUUGAGCCAGGUGGGAUCAGACUGUUAUAUGGUCAGAUUUGUUGCGGAGCAGGUUUCCCAUCAUCCUCCAGUCUCAGGAUUUUAUGCAGAAUGUGCAGAGAGGAAGAUUUGUGUAAAUGCGCAUGUCUGGACUAAGAGCAAAUUCUUAGGCAUGUCAAUAGGUGUGACAAUGGUUGGAGAAGGUAUCCUCAGUCUAUUGGAACAUGGAGAAGAGUAUACAUUUUCUCUACCUUGUGCAUAUGCCCGGUCAAUUUUAACUGUUCCUUGGGUAGAACUGGGUGGCAAAGUCAGUGUCAACUGUGCAAAGACCGGGUAUUCAGCCAGCAUCACUUUUCAUACUAAGCCAUUUUAUGGCGGCAAACUGCACCGGGUCACAGCUGAAGUAAAGCACAACAGCACCAACACGGUGGUAUGCAGAGUGCAAGGGGAAUGGAAUAGUGUCCUUGAGUUCACUUACAGCAAUGGAGACACAAAGUACGUGGACUUGACUAAAUUGACAGUGACGAGGAAAAGAGUAAGACCUCUGGAGAAGCAGGAUCCAUUUGAAUCCAGACGAUUGUGGAAAAAUGUGACAGACUCUCUGAAGGAAUUUGAAAUUGAUAAGGCUACAGAGCAUAAACGUACCCUGGAAGAACGCCAGAGGACUGAAGAAAGGCAUCGGACUGAAACAGGCACACCCUGGAAAACCAAGUAUUUUAUUAAAGAAGGAGAUGGCUGGGUUUAUCACAAACCCCUCUGGAAAACAAUUUCAGCAACACAACCAGCAGAGUGACAGAUGCUGUAAGACCCGGCUGAAUGAGGUUCUCUGUUUACCCUUCAUCCUCCCAGAAUGGAGUCAUUGCACUGAGUGACCCGCUCCUGAUUGCACAGACCGAAACUCGCUAAAAACGAAUGUAUCUACCAGGGUGCCGCAGGACUGCAGCGAGACCAAAGUGUGGACGAACACAGUGGACUUCUCACCAACCUGUUUCAUGUGAUACGAGCAAUAUCACCUUAAAACCUUUUACCUGAGUAACUAGAUGACUGAUCUUUUCUCCAGUUCCUGCUCCUGAGGGUCAGUUUGAAUCUCGUUCUUGCACAGGGGCACCAGAUACACACAACAGUGAGAACAACUCAGUGAUUCUUAUUUCUUUAAAGUAAAACGUGAAGUCUCUGUCAGAGUUUGUGCUUUGCUUUCUGUCUAUAACUGAAGUAUUCACUGCUCUUAUGAACAAACCAAGAGGAGGAGGAAGAUGCCCCAGAAGUGGAUUCAGCCAUUAUGCCUGAGAUCAGUGUUAAAAAAUCAUCCAGGUUGUAGUAACAGGGCAUUCUCUCCCUUCGGAAAGAUGGUGUGCCUGUGUCCGAGGAACUUACCCAUUAUCCACGUGUGUUGGAACUCUUUUAAAAAGUCUAUUUAUAAAUUGAUUAGAAUUAUAACCAUGGAGAAUUUUUUCUUCCAAACAUUUUAAUAUACUUGAAAACAACAUUGACUUGAAAAAUUUCAGAACAUUUUUCAGUAUCUAGUUUUAUUAAAUAUUAUACUUGAGAGACAAUUUUUUAAAAUAUGUUCACGUCAAUAUCAUGAGAUUUCGGUCUUAAGAACUAAGGCAUUGAAGAAAAGAGCAAACAUUAGAAAAAUAAAACUUACUUUUUCUCCUUUUUUUUUCACUCAUAGAUUAAUAUCCAGUAUUACGUGCUAUCCCUCUGGAUAAGUAUGCUUUAUCUUACCCCUGUUCACUCAGAGUUUAAAACAGCUGUUCAUAUUUGUCAGUAAUUCAGAAGUUACAUAUGUGACUGAGAGCAUGUAAGAUAUGGUUUUCUUUUCUUUUCAAGGAAACGUAAAAGCUGAAGAAAGAGUAUGAAAUAAAAUAAUACCAGGAAAUUGUAUUCAGGUACAGAUUUUUUUUAAAUAGUAUUUUAUCGAGGUUGAAGAAUUGCUGGCAACUAAAAGAGAAUAGUGCUAAUCAUGGCUUUCAUCAUUCAUUCAAGUAUUUAUUGAGCACCUCCUUCCGGUGCUCAAUGUUCGUUACUACAAGCUACCUUAAUUUUCAAGAGUGGUGCCUUACUCUGUUCUCCUGAUGUGGUCUUCCAGUCAGUGUGUGGACGUACACCCGGUGUUCACCAGCCCUCAUGGGAGGCUGUGUCUGUUGCAUCAUCGUAAGUUUAAGCUUUGUGCUCUACAAAAAUUGUGUUUUAUUAAAGGGUUUAAUAGAUUAAAAACAGCAAAACAAAUUUUUUCAAAAAUUGUAAAUUAUAAGAAAAAGAAUUGGUUUAUGCACAACCAUUUUAAUGAUUCUCUUGUUUGUUUUUGCUGUGAAAUGCACUGAAAAAUCUCAAAAAUGAGUCAUACAUAGUUCAUGUGUUGGGAAGAUUGAAAAAUAAUAAAACUAGAGAACAAU